AUGAUAAUAACGAUAAUAUUUAAAAUUUAUUCAUCAGAUACAUAUGAAAUAUACACUACAAGUGUAUCAUCACUUCCAAUUGACAAUAUCGACUCUGAAAAUCCAACAACAGUUCUGCUUCAGUCAGAAAGUCAUCCAUACGAAAAUAUAGAAUCUACAGAAUAUCUAUCGACACUUUCAACACACAGUGCAGACUUUGAAAAUGAAGAAACAACAAUACUAACUGAUGAAAUAUAUUAUACACAACAAGAAUCUACUAAAAUAACAGCGACAGUUUCACAAAAAAUUCCAGAAUUCAAAAACAAAGAAACAACAGCAUCCACUCUUGAAUUAUAUUAUGCACAAGACGAAUCCACUGAACCAGUAGCCACGAUUUUAGAACAAAGUGUCGAGUUCGAAAAUGAAGAAACAACUGUACCGAUCCAUGAAGAGAUUAGUGAAGCAACACACCUAUUGCAAGAUUUCCAAAAGAUGCUCAAGAUUGAUAUUGAAGCUAUCACAAAACAAUUCAAUCCAUUUGUAUCAAUAAGUUUCCAACCUGUUUUCAAGGAACAUCAACGACGUGCUAAGGCAUUUCUAUCAUGUUGUCAAUGGAAUAUAAGAUCAGAUGAAAUACUAUUAAAAACAUAUGUCGAUGCGUAUGGUUUAUUGGAUGAACAAAUGAAAAUAAUCAAAGAUUGUGCUGAUAGAUUGAUAGGUUAUAAUAAGUCAGACUGUGACUUUGACUUACAACUACUAGAAAAAGCUCGACAAUUAAUCAAGGUAUUUACCGAUUUAUAUUCGGAAAACAAUACAAUAAAUGAUAAUAGUGGAAUUCAAUUGUUAGAUCAAGCAAUUCUACAAUCCAUCGAUGUAAAAAAUAUCGUUUAUGAUUAUGAUACUACAAUAGAAGAUUCUUGUGGUUCUGCUCUUAUUCUAUUAUGGAAACCAUAUCAAUUAAUCGAUUGUGAAAUAUAUUAUCGUUCAUUAUUUGCUAAUAAUUUAUUGUUCUAUGAAAAUUAUAAUAAAUUUAAAACAGAAAUAAGUCAACCAUUUCAACAGAAAGCUUUAAGUUUAAUGGUACCUGUUAAAAAUGCUUGGAAUAAAGUAGCUGAUCAAGUAAAAAAAAAUAUUCAAGCAAAACUUGACAAUAAGCCUGUACAACAAGAUCAAAUUGAAAAAGAUAUAAAUCAAAUUAAAAAUAGAUUAUCAUAUUAUAUAACUAAACUUGAUCAUCCAAUGAUUUUACAUCAUGCAAAAAGUGCACAUACUUAUAAAGUUUGCUGUACCUCGAUAAAAACGUCUGAUACCUUCAAUGAAUAUUUAGCUUAUUUUGAUCAUGAUCCUAAUCAAGACCGUUCUAUGGAUAAAUUCUUACAUUCUUGUGUUCAACAUCAAGCUUUCGAACCAAUAGAUGUUAUGAUAGAAAAUAAUGAAUGUAAUAUAACUUAUAAUGAAUUUCUAGAUGCUAUGAAAAAACGACAAGAUUUUAUUGAUAAAUAUAAAAAACAAAAUCCAUCCAUGGUUAUUAAAUUUCAAGAAGCUAUUCGUUUUAAAAUUGGUCAAAUAGAUAUCAUACGAACAAUGGCAGAUUAUGUUGAUCAAUAUUGUCAAGAUCAGCAUAUAUUUGAACUUAUGUUUGAUGCUCGUAAAACAAUUAAUUGUGAAAAAUUAGUUCGUCAUGCUAUUGGGAAAGAAAAUUAUAAAAAAUAUUCAUAUUAUAAUAUAUCAAUAAGUUAUUCAUUUCAAUAUAUGAUACUUGAAGAUUGGGAUAAACUUGCACAAGCAAUAACUUCUAUAAAAACAGAUGAUGAAAAAAAACCUGCAGCCAUCGUUCAUAAUUCAUCAAACUUAUAUAGGUAA